AUGGGGCGUAAGAUGGACCUGUCUGGUCUGACCAGUGAUGAAGCAGAUCACGUACUCAGAGUGGUACAGAGAGACAUGCAACUGCGUAAGAAGGAAGAGGAAAGAAUCGGUGAAAUGAAGCAGGAAUUGGAGGAGGAGGACAGUCGCUGUUUGCUUCUGUCCAAGCAGCACAAGUUCAACGAGCACUGCUGCAUCCGCUGCUGUUCUCCGUUCACCUUCUUGCUGAACCCCAAACGCCUGUGUCUGGACUGCCACUAUAACAUCUGCAAAUCCUGCUGCACCUACAGCCGAAGCGAGAGGGUCUACAUCUGUGCCGUCUGCCAGAAGAGCAGGCUCUUAAGAACCCAGUCUCUGGAAUGGUACUACAAUAACGUGAAGAGUCGCUUUAAAAGAUUCGGCAGUGCCAAAGUGCUCAAGACCCUCUACAGGAAGCACAUCAUCGAAAGUGGAGCAUUAUCAGAGUUACCAGAGGUCAGUGCUCAUGAAGGCAGUGUUGAUAAUGGCAGUGUCUGUGAUGGUAGUGACUCCACACUCUACAAGCAGAGUGAAGGUCACAGCAUGGCAGAGACGCUCACCGUCGCUCUGCGUGUUGCAGAGGAGGCGAUAGAGGAAGCAAUCGUUAAAGCAGAGAGCUACAGAGAUAGCCUGGAAAAACAGAAUGAGGCUCGUUAUUUGCAGGACCAUAAAGAAGAGCUCAUAGAGGAACUGGCCACUACCAUUGUUCAAAAAAUCAUUCAGCGGGGGAAGCGGUCUGAGAUUCAGGCUGAGUAUGAGUUUGUAUGGCCUCAAAUUCAGAGUAGCGAUCUUCUGUCCCCUACCUCAACACAAAACACACAAGCAACACAACAUUCACACACCUCCUCUCAGCACGGAGCAGUAGCCCAGCCCGACAUAACCAAGAGAUCAAGAUCAGCAAUCUUGACAAGUGACGAUUCUCCAGAGAAGGGCCCUGAGGUGGGUAUGGCCCUGGGGGGCCCAGAGAGUGCAGAGGUAGAAACAGACAUUCAGAACUACGCUUCACUCAGGAGAGAGUCCAGAGCGUUAUCACUUCCAGGCUGGAAGAGUGUUGACCGCCUGGACAACUCUAGUGCGUCCUCAGUACUGCAGUCCCCGGAUGGUAACUGGAUUGCCCUGCAGAGCUCCCAGCACUCCCGGCCCAGUCUACUAACCAAGCGCAAGAGCCUCGUUUUCAGCGUGCUUGAGAAGGAAUCAGGCGUUGUGUCUGCAUAUGACGAGAUGGGUUCCAAUUCGGACCCCGAAGACCAGGGAGGCUGGGGAGCCGCCCUGUUACAGUUUCGUAGCCGUCUUUCGGACGAGACAUACUAUACUGACUCUCAACACGACCCUGAAUGGACGUACACACAACACCUGCCUGUGACGUCACCCUCCUCGGGUCAGUACACCAACACUGAGACCCUCAACUCAGACUCUGAGACAUCUUCCACCCCAUCAACCAGAGCACGCAGGCCUGCCCAUGUUACACCCCAAAGGAAAAAAGGGCCACCUGAACCACACCUGUAUCCACCCUACAGACAUCCGCCAAGCAGUGCUUCUUCACCCCUGCUUAGACCAGAAGUGUUGGAUGUGAACUUUAACCCCCGUUUGGGAGGGGACAGUAGUGAUGGGGAGGACCAGAGCGAGCAGGUCAAAAGGUCACGGAGGCGCAGAAAGAGCAAGCGCGAGACAACAGAGCACAGCCAAGCACAGAAUGCUGUGUACAGUGCUGCCACUGCGGAGAACAGUGCUCUCCUCCUCAAUGCCAUGAUGAUGCGCCGACAGCAGAGUCAGGAGACUCCGGCCCCUCUCAGUUACCAGACUCUAGACACUGUGACCUCUCCUGAGCUUCUGACCUCUGGAUCCAUGACCCCUGAACCUGACUAUCAAAGCACAGUGGCUCACAACUCCACUGCCACCAGCCCACCAAUGCUGAGCCAACCAAGAGCCAGCAAACAAGGGUUCAGCAUUCAUGUUAAUGAAACCUUGGAACAGGGACUGAGAUCCAAACACUGUGAGCUGGUUGGCCAAGUCAGCGAGAGGGAUGUGAUGUCAUCCGUUCUUGAAACAGUCAGAGAAGCUGGCAACGAAAGUGAGAAAUUGAGACCAAAGGAGAGGCGCGAAAGUAAACGAGACAAGCAGACUGAUAAAGAGAUCGGGAAGCUGAGUGAACAGUGGCCGGAAAGACAAACAGUUCAAGAGAUGGAUACAAGUAAAGCAAUAAGACAGAUAAAUGUCGAGCGAGAGAUGAAGAGGGAGAGGGGACGACAGAAAGAAAUAGAGAAGCAAGCAGAAAGAGAGCGAGAGAGGCAAAGAGAACUGGAGAAACAAAUAGAUAGAGACCGAGAAAAGCAAAGAGAAAUCGAAACACAGGUUGAGAGGAAACAGGAAAGACAAAGAGAAAUAGAGAAACAACUGGAAAAAGAGCGGGAGAGACAAUCAGAGAUCGAUCGAGGGAUUGAGAAGCAAAGGAAAAGCAUAUGCAUGGGAAAACAUGCGCAAAAAGAACCUGUAGUGAGAGCAAAAUCCAAAGAGGAAGAGAAACAUGAAGUGGCCAGUGGAACAGAGGAAAUAUCAGGUAGAGCAAUGGAGCAAAACAAGAAUUUGGAGGAAGACAAUGAUGAAACAGAGAAGUCCAUUGAGGAAAAGGUGAGGAGAAUAUCACCACUGAUAAACAAAUCAGAAACAGGGUUAGAAGAACAAGAAAAACUUGAGUCAAAGAGAACAAGACCUACAAGCACAUCUCCAGACACCACCCCCUGUGGUCUGGAGGAGCCAGUGUCUCCAUCUGAGGGUGGUCUAAACGAUUGUGCUUUACAGCAGAAGCUUCUGUUACACUCAUCUCUCUUACAACAGAAGUACUCCGCCGCAUCCUUAUGCAGCAUUACCACAGAGGUUCUGAAGGUUUUAAAUGCCACAGAGGAAUUGCUUGGAGAGGCGGAAGGCAAAGUUCAUGACCCUUCUCCGGCUAGCACGCCACUGUCACCUAGCCCAGUAAAUAGGAAGUUGGACCAGCACCUCACAAAGAUGGAGGAAAAUGUGUAUUUGGCUGCUGGUGCUGUGUACAGCCUUGAGGGGGAGCUGAGUGACUUAGAAGAAUGUGCUCGCAGCAUCAGCAGCUCCACAACAGAAACUGAAUUGGCUUUCCUGGAAGACCAGGUGGCCACUGCUGCUGCUCAGGUGCAGCAGUCUGAGCUCCAGAUCUCAGAUAUUGAGGCAAGAAUAUCAGCUCUUAAGUCUGCAGGUCUGAAUGUAUCUACAUGCACACAGUUUUCCAAGUACAAGUCUAAACCUAUGACACUGGACUCUUCACGCCAUCAGAGGAGAAAGCUGCCUGCUCCUCCUCUCAGAAAUCUAUCAUCAGAAAAGGAAGUCAAACCCGAGCCACAGGUGAGAUCUAUGAAGCCAUUACAACAGGACAUGUGACUCGUUUCAUGUCACAACAUGACAUGUUUCUCAAAUAUGGCUCCAUACCACUUCAUCAUUUGACUGCUGGGACCAUCAGGCUGUUCCACCCUAGUGCCUUGAUCCACUACUGGUCCUCCAAUUCGAUCAGCAUUAAGGCUACUAGUCAACCCCAGGCCUGAUCACAACCCACGUAGGGUUGACCUCACAUCUGACCCCUUGAACUCUACCAAAACAUGGAGCUCUAAACCUCCAGAAAUGGGGGGAUUUCCCUCUCUGCCUUAAUGGAGACAAUAUUCCUCCAACGAACCACCACAGAGGGUUGUAAUUACAGAUUUAUACACAUGUAAUUACUGUAUGUGUAACAUAGAUGGACAAUGGUAAAAGUUAACAAGCUGGGACUUCAACUCUUAAUCUUUUUCUAACAGUUUGCUGAGUGUUGUACAUGUUUGAAUUCUGUAUGUUGGCAAUGUGACAAGGAAAAAAAAACAUGGGAUGAUCAUGUGACCUGCAAAAAGAGACUGGAACAUAUUUGGUAACAGUUUUAAAUGUAUUAAAUGUCUCUGUGAAAGUAAACAAAAUACCUGCAGGACCUGUUUGAUGUAAAUUCAUCAGUUUUGUCUCAUAUCUGGCACAAAUAACUCAGGUUUCCUUUUCCGAUUAUCCUUUUUUGAUUUAUUUCUUAAAGGCACUGUUGUGAGUGAAUCUGUAUUCAAAACAACUGUUAAAAAUUAUCAUUUUGCAAAUAAUGUUUUGAGAAAAAAGUGUCAAGUACUACUGCAAGGUACUCAACCACCUUGCCAUAUAAUGAGUUUGUAUGUGUACAAGUGUGUGCACAUGUGAAUGUGUGUGCAGAAUCAUAAACCCCCUAUGUAUUCACACUUGUGUCCAAAUCAACCCUGGCUAUCCGGUGACCUCUUGAGUAUGACUAUCAAAUCACUGCCAGUAUCCCUUCUCAAAAAGAAGCACUUCUGUAAUUUGUCCACAAGUGUUGUGGACUUUGUUGACUUCUAAUAUUCUUUUAUUAAUCUCAAAUGACUUGGAGUUACAUGGUGUUCUCAGAGCACUGCAUAAGUAUUACAAUUAAGCUACAAAAAGAGGAUGGGCUUGCAUUUUUCAGACAUGCCCAAUCAAAAAACUAGUGUAAUGUUUCAGUAGUGUAAAUUGUUUUGCAAUUGAUAAUGAUACAUAGGAAUAGAAUUUAUAACCAUUAGAAAAUAUAAUAAGUAUUACACAUUGUUAUGUUGGUUUGACAAAGCCAACAUAUAUUUAUACUACAGAUUUGGUUUAGGUUAUUUACUUUUUUUAAAUCCCAGUCAAUCAAAAAUCCCCUAAAAUCCCAUAGACUUACAUUAACAGUAUGUUCAAACAGGCAAAGACUAUUCAAAUUCCAAUUGUCAAAAAAGUCAAAAAUUCAAAUGUAAACAAAUCCACACAAGGCCUUAAAUCUGCUUUAUCUGUAUCUCUGGCUCUCUAUUUAUCUAUCUAUCUGUUUAUCUAUCUGUCUAUAUAUAUAUAUAUAUAUAUAUAUAUAUAUAUACACACACACACACACACACACCGAUCAGCCACAACAUUAAAACCACCUGCCUAAUAUUGUGUAGGUCCCCCUCGUGCUGCCAAAAGAGCACCAACCCGCAUCUCAGAAUAGCAUUCUGAGAUGCUAUUCUUCACACCACAAUUGUGCAGAGCGGUUAUCUGAGUUACCGUAGACUUUGUCAGUUCGAAACAGUCUGGCCAUUUUCUGUUGACCUCUCUCAACAACAAGGAGUUUCCAUCCAUAGAACUGUCCCUCAGAGGAUGUUUUUUGUUUUUGGCACCACUCUGACUAAAUUCUAGAGACUGUUGUGUGUGAAAAUCCCAGUAGAUCAGCAGUUACAGAAAUACUCAAACCAGCCCAUCUGGCACCAACAAUCAUGCCAUGGUCCAAAUCACUGAGAUCAAAUUUUUCCCCCAUUCUGAUGGUUGAUGUGAACAUUAACUGAAGCUCCUGACCUGUAUCUGCAUGAUUUUAUGCACUGCACUGCUGCCACACGAUUGGCUGAUUAGAUAAUCGCAUGGAUGAUUGUUGAUGCUAGACGUGCUGGUUUGAGUAUUUCUGUAACUGCUGAUCUACUGGGAUAUAUAUAUAUAUAUACACACACACACUGGGGGCCAAAAGUUUGGAAUAAUGU